AUGGUGAAUCAACUCCACCUCUAUCUCUUUGGAGAUGUAACAUAUGAUAUCUCCACAAAACUGCAACCGCUCCUUCAUUCUGAAUCCUCUCCUCUCCUUCGUUCGUUUUUUGACUGUGCGUGUGAUAAACUCCGAGCAGAAAUUGGUCGGUUGCCCGCUCAGGAGAAGGAGAUCUUCCCUCGUUUCUCAAGUAUCGCAGAGCUCCUGACAUGGCGCGGUCGGCAUAACCGAUCGAACCCCCCAGUUGAAAACGCUUUGACAUGCGUCUACCAGCUGGGCCAAUUCAUCAACCAACACGAGGGUAUUGGGCAGACCUACUUUUCUCCUUUAGAAACAUGUGUAUCCGGUUUUUGUACCGGUGCUCUGUCUGCGGCAGCGGUCAGUUGUUGCAGAACUCCGUCCGAGCUGAUUCCUAUGGCUGUACAAACAGUACUAGUCGCUUUUCGUAUGGGGUUGCGCACAUUGCACACUGCCACGGCGGUUGACCCAUCAGAAGGAAGUUGGUCAAUGGUCGUUUCUUGUGAUUCAAUUGAUAAUAUUGAAAGCAUCCUUUGCCAGUUUUCUCGGGAUAAUAACCUUCCAGUCACAUCAAGACCAUGGAUUAGCGCAUAUGGAGAAGAGAGUUGGGUGUCGAUUAGUGCACCGGCAUCUGUACUAUCAACUCUUUGCUCUACUGACAUACUUUCUGGGAUGCGCUCGCGGACACUUGGGAUCUAUUCCCCCUAUCAUGCACCCCAUCUAUUUUCAAAGUCCGAUGUAGAUGCAAUCCUUGAGACGACUGAUGCUCAUGAGUGGGAACGGUAUGCGGCAGUCCGACCCGUUUUGUCUAGCACCACCGGAGCAAUUAUUGAGACGGAAGACUUCCGGUCUCGACUGGAAGCAGCACUGCUUCAAAUUCUGAUUGAACCUAUCCGAUGGGCGGAUCUAAUCCAGGGGCUCACAGGUUUUAUGACCUCGACCAACACAAAAAAUUUCAAGAUCUUUUCAAUCGCCACAAACGCCGAAACCACUUUAACGGCUUCGUUAAAUUCAAAAGUACAGAUUGAGGGAUUUGAAGCAUCCAGUACUGGCGACGAAACGUUGCAGGAUCAAGUUGACCAUGAAGUCCGUGACAGUCGGAUUCGCGGUCGGUCCAAAAUUGCCAUUGUUGGUCUCUCGGGUAGAUAUCCCAGUGCGGAGAACAAUGAAGAAUUUUGGGAUCUGAUUUUCCAGGGAUUGGACGUGCAUAAAACAGUACCAGAACUCCACUGGAGUGCCCAAACGCAUGUUGACCCGACUGGUAAGAAAAAGAACACCAGUGCUACCCCCUAUGGUUGUUGGCUGGAGCACCCAGAGGCUUUUGAUGGACUCUUUUUCAACAUGUCGCCACGAGAGGCACCUCAGGUCGACCCCGUUCAGCGUAUUGCGUUGAUGACUGCCUACGAAGCCAUCGAACAGGCAGGUAUUGUCCCCGGAGCCACCCCGUCAACUCGUCAUGACCGUGUGGGUGUCUUCUAUGGGGUCACAAGUAAUGACUGGAUGGAAACGAACAGUGCGCAGGAUAUCGAUACUUAUUUUAUUCCGGGAGGUAACAGGGCCUUCAUCCCGGGGCGAAUCAACUAUUUCUUCAAAUUCAGCGGGCCGAGUUAUAGUGUCGACACCGCCUGCUCUUCCAGUCUAGCAUCCAUUCACAUUGCCUGUAAUUCUUUGUGGCAGCGGGAUGUCGACACUGCUAUCACAGGUAGAACAAAUAUUCUGACCAAUCCCGACUUCACCGCUGGCCUUGAUCGUGGACAUUUCCUCUCCCGCACAGGUAACUGCAAAACUUUUGAUGAUGAGGCCGACGGGUACUGCUGUGGAGAAGGCGUAGGAACCGUCAUUCUCAAACGUCUAGAAGAUGCCAUUGCAGACAAAGACCCUAUCCAUGGCCUCAUCUUGGGAACAUAUACAAAUCAUUUAGCAGAGGCGGAAUCAAUCACUCGGCCCCAUAUUGGAGCCCAGCGAGAUAUCAUGCGCAAUAUUCUGAGCAACAGCGGGGUUGAUCCGUACAGUGUAAGCUACGUCGAGCUGCAUGGGAUUGGUACCCAGGCGGGUGAUGCCAGAGAAAUGACGUCUGUUUUGGACACGUUCGCACCCGCAGAUACCCGUCGCUAUCGACAGCCUAAUGAAUCCUUGCACUUAGGCUCAGUUAAAUCCAACAUCGGCCAUGGAGGAGCCGCUGCCGGAGUUAGCGCUCUUAUCAAGGUUCUUCUAAUGUUGAGAAAUAAUACGAUCCCUCCGCACUGUGGUAUCAAGGGAAGGAUCAAUUCCAGCUUCCCAACAGACCUCGAAGCCAGAAACGUGCACAUUGCUAAAGACGCCAUUAACUGGCCUCCAGGAGAUGAACAGCCACGAAGGGUCUUUAUUAAUAAUUUCAGCGCUGCCGGUGGAAAUUCUGCUCUGGUCCUUGAAGAUAAACCUGUCGAGGCUGACAAUCAGGGAGCCGACCCCCGAAUAGCGCAUGUAGUCACGGUGUCAGCCAAGUCCGCCGUAUCCUUAAGCCGAAAUCUCAAGUCGCUCAUCAAUCACAUUGAGAAACACAGCAAUGAACCACUCUUCCUUCCACAGCUGUCUUACACAACAACCGCACGUCGCAUCCACCACCAACACCGAGUGGCGGUUGCCGGGACAUCUGUCACUGAAAUUAAAGCUUCUCUAGGAGCAGCAGCAGCAAAUGGUGAUGGCAAGCUUAGAGUAAGGUUUGCACCAAAGGUGACAUUUGCCUUUACUGGCCAGGGUGCCCAGUACAUCGGCAUGGCAAAGCGGCUGUACCAAUUAUUCGAUCAAUUCAAAAGGGAUAUCAACCGUUUCGACGAGCUUAGUCAAAGACUAGGAUUCCCCAGCUUCCGAGCUGUAAUCCAGGAUGAGUCCAGCCUAGAGUUGACGGAUAUUCCGCCAGUUAUCAUGCAACUCUCCAGUGUCUGUAUGCAGAUAGCUUUAUCCCGAUUGCUUAUUUCUUGGAAUGUCAUCCCGAAUAGUGUUGUGGGCCACAGCCUUGGCGAGUAUGCUGCUCUAAACGUAGCUGGUGUGCUAUCAGAUACCGAUACUAUCUUCCUUGUGGGUAGGCGGGCCCAGCUACUAGAGCAGUUAUGCACACUUGGAACGCACAGUAUGCUUGUCGUGAAGGCGGCAUUAUCGUCUGUUCAGAUGGCUCUUGAGGGUGCAGAAUUUGAAGUUGCAUGUAUCAAUGCACCAGAGGAGACGGUUCUUGCAGGACAGAACACCCAGAUAGAAGCCCUAAAGGAAACCUUGAACAAUGGCGGGUUUAAGACGAAAGUUAUUGCUGUGCCUUUUGCAUACCAUUCUUCCCAAAUUGAUUCAAUCUUGGAUGAUUUCGAAAAUCUCGCCGCAGGUGCCAAGUUCCGCAAGCCAGCAAUUCCGGUCAUAUCUCCAUUGCUUGCCCAAGUCAUAGUCGGUGAAAAUAUUAUAUGCCCAAGCUACUUGAGGAAGCAUUGCCGUGAGACUGUCAAUUUCCUUGGUGCCGUUCGACAUCUAAAGAGACCGGAGCACGCUUCAGUCACUUCACUGCCUGCACUUCAGCGUAACCGAGACGAUUUGAAGGUGUUGACCGAGUUACUCGUUUCUCUAUACUCAGCCGGCACUGAUAUCCGCUGGAACGAGUACCACCGCGACUUUGACGCUUUACACAAGGUCUUGGAACUCCCUGCAUAUAGCUGGGACCUCAAGAAUUAUUGGAUGCAGUAUGUGAAUGACUGGUCCUUGCGGAAGGGUGACCCGCCAUUAGUCACUGCAUCGACGCCCCUGACAUCCACGACAAUCCAUAAAGUGUUGGAAGAUAGUAUUGACAGAAUUACUGUCGAGUCUGAUAUGACACGGGAAGAUUUCAAUCCUUUAGUGCAAGGUCACGAAGUCGACGGGGUCCCACUGUGCACACCUUCCGUUUACGCCGAUAUUGCCUUCUCCAUCGGCAGGUACCUUCUAGAAAGAUACCAUCCGGAGAUUGAAAUGCGCCUUGUAGAUGUGGCAAAUAUGACUGUCUUAAAGGCCUUGAUCGCUCGAGCCCAGGGGCCUCAACCGCUCCGUACCACGGUAGCCGUUGAUUGGUCUGUCAAGAAAGCCAGGGUUUCUUUCCGGUCAUUUGAUAAAUCUGGGGAACCUACAGUGGAGCAUGCCACUUGCGAAAUACACUUCACCGAUCGGUCUCGACUCAAACUGCUAGAGGGUUCUGCCGAAAAAGUCAAACAUCGAAUGGGCGAUAUGCGCGAAACCCUUGGGAGCGGCGAAACACAAAGGUUUAAUCGGGCUAUGGUGUAUAAGAUGAUCAGUCCGUUGGCACAAUUUCACCGAGACUAUCAACCACUCGAUGAGGUGAUCAUAGACAGCAAUACGCUUGAAGUUUCCAGUCAAGUGAACUUCAAAGGCGUGCAGGCCGCCGGUACCUUCUUCGCUCACCCGGCCUAUAUUGACGGACUCACGCAAACCGGUGGGUUUGUUAUGAACUGCAAUGACAGCAACGAUCUAGCUGUCGAGGUGUUUGUUAACCAUGGCUGGGAGUCACUGCAAUUGUACGAGCCUCUUCAAAAGAGAAGAAGAGAAAACAGAAAGUUCCACGGCGAUGUGGUUGUAUUCGACGAGAGUGAAAAAGUGGUGGCGAGCUACAAAGACAUUGUUUUCCAAGGUGUUCCUCGCCGCGUGUUGCGUUUCUUCUUGAAACCCGAGGCGCCAGCUCCCCCUCGUGGACAACGGAAACAGAAGACCAAUGCACAUCUUGCACCUGUCGCACCUAUGGUGUCAAAGACCUCGACAGAAGCUGCCCCUAAAUCAAUUGGCAAGCCCGUCUCAAUUCCCGCUACGACUCCACCAUCGGGUUCAAAGUCAUUGAAGGCCAAACAGGCAUUCCGAAUCAUUUCCGAGGAAGCCGGUGUUCCUGUUGAUGAUCUUACGGAUGACUGUAUCUUCACGGACAUGGGUAUAGACUCAUUGCUGGCUCUGGUGAUCACUAGUCGAUUCCGUGAAGAGUUUGAACUGGAUGGGGAUCUGGACGACAUUUUCCUCACAUAUACAUCAGGAAAGGAGCUUAAGAAAUUCCUUACGAAACAGGAAGAGCCAGAGAUCCCGGCUAUGGUAGAAAUGGCACCGAUUGCAGUCGCCGCUCCAAGGGCCGAUAAUACAUUUGCUUCCAGGAUAGUGAUGGGAGCUGACUGCGCUGCUGCCCUCGCAAUAGUCUCAGACGAAAGUGGUAUUGCGGUCGCAGAACUUUGCGAUGAUUGUAUCCUUGCAGAGAUUGGCAUCGACUCGCUUCUAGCGCUCGUUAUAGUUAGUCGAUUCAAGGAGGAAUUGGAUGUGGAUAUUGAUAGUCAAGCUGUAUUCACCGAUUCUUUCACGGUCAGGGACCUGAAGGCCUUUUUCGGAAAGGGUCAGUCCACAAGCACAACUGAAGCGCCGUCUAUUCAAAUGGAAAGUUCCGAUGAGAAUACCAUGUCUUCGAUGACGCCGCCGGACUCGAGCUCUGAUUGCGACAUGUCAGACGUGAAGCCGGAGCGCGUUGCUGUCCCGCCUGCAACAUCUGUCCUUUUGCAGGGUAUCGCCAGGCAUGCUGAUAAGAUCCUCUUCCUCUUCCCCGACGGUUCUGGUUCCGCGACGUCAUAUUCGGCAAUCUCACGACUGAGUCCCCGCAUAGCUGUUAUCGGGCUCAAUUCCCCCUAUAACAAGAUACCAGAGCUUUUCAGGUGCACACUGGACCAUCUUAUCGACAACUAUAUAGAUGAGAUCCAUCGUCGGCAACCAGCAGGGCCACAUCACUUCGGAGGCUGGUCUGCAGGAGGCAUCUUGGCUUAUCGUGCGGCCCAAAAGCUGAUUGAGGCAGGUGAAAGAGUUCUCGACCUUGUUCUAAUCGAUUCCCCGGUUCCAAGGGGGCUGGACAAACUACCACAGCACUUCUAUGAUCAUUGCAAUAAGUACCAAAUAUUCGGGCACCGCGCAGGUCCAGCCAAGAGCCAUGCAAAGGCCCCAGCAUGGCUCAUCCCACAUUUCAAUGCAACCAUCGAUACGCUGCAUGAUUAUUAUGCCUCGCCACUGCCAAUUGGUAAAACUCCACGGACAACCAUCAUCUGGGCGUGCGAGAGUGUUAUUGAUGGUGUCAAUGUCCCCAAACUCCCACCCCAUCCUGAUGACACGCAAGGGAUGAAAUUCUUAUCAGAAACCCGAACCGACUUUUCCGCAACUGGAUGGGAAGAUAUGUUCCCAGGAGGAGAUAUCACAUCAGAGCGAGUAGAACGCGCCAAUCAUUUCUCCAUAAUGAGAGGAGAACAUGCAUCCAAACUGGCUGCCAUCAUCAAAGCUGCGCUUACAUAG